AUGCUCAAUCUGGACGAGGAGGUGCGCCUCUUCACGACCAACGCCGACAGGGAGCGCUACGAGAACCUCGCGACUCUCUUUGGGCUGAUCACUUGUCUCGACUACUUGGAACGCGCCUACAUCAGGGACAGCGUACCGCCUGCACAAUACACGCCGGCUUGCACCCGACUGCUUGCGCAGUACAAGACUGUGCUCAAAGUCAUCGGUGAUGCGAUACAAUCUCUUGAUGCAUUCGUUGCAGAGUACAGGAUGGAUGUGACGGCUGCUGUCCACCGUCUGCGCGUUGGUGUACCUGCCACGGUCGAACACAGUGGCGAUGAAGGCGUUGAGACUGCCAAAUGGAUUGCAGAGACGACUCAGAAUUUCAUCACUUUCAUGGAUGCACUGAAGCUCAAGCUACGCGCAAAAGAUCAGCUUCAUCCCAUCAUGACCGAGCUCAUGAGCGGCUACACCAAGUUUCCGAAAAGCAACGAGUGGGAAGGCCGGCCCAAGAUCCUCCACUGGCUUAUCACUCUCAAUCAGAUGCGUGCCAGCGAGGAGAUCACAGAAGAGCAAAGUCGUCAAAUGCUCUUCGACAUCGAGCACGCCUACAAUGAAUUCUUCAGAUCGCUCUCAUCGCAAAAUGUCCAUCUCGUUGUGCCAAUACAUGCCAAGCAAUGUGUUUCUAGAUUGGAAAGGACGAAGGUGCGAAUGCGAGGCAGGUAUCAUACUUGA